UGUAUCACAUUUCUUUUUUAUUUUAAAAUAGGUUUUUGCAUCUUUUGCUUGCUUUUCAAGCCCUUCAACAUCUUUGUGUAUAUAUAUAAGGCAUGGGUUGUUCAAGCCCUUCAACAUCUUCAUUAUCUACGUGCAUUGGUUUAGGGGUUGAAUAGGAAGAAACCUCAACGCUUGAGGUUUCUUAAAUUUCCUAUAGCAAUCCCUAAAUCUUUCGCUAUUUUUCUCAAAACCUAAGGAAGAACACUAAGGAAGACAUGGAUCCUCAUGAUCAUGAUCGUUUGGCUUUUAUUUUUGGAAUACUAGGUAACAUCAUUUCCUCCAUGGUGUACUUGGCACCCCUGCCAACAUUUUACCGAAUAUGGAAAAAGAAGUCGACGGAAGGAUUCCAAUCGUUGCCAUACUUGGUUGCUCUAUUCAGCUCCAUGUUAUGGUUAUAUUAUGGUUUCGUCAAGAAACAUGCUUUUCUACUCAUUACCAUUAAUUCAGCUGGGUGUGUCAUUGAAACAAUAUAUAUCGUCACAUACCUAAUCUACGCCACGAAAGAUGCAAGGAUCUUGACGAUUAAAUUGUUCAUGGCGAUGAAUGUGGCCUGUUCUGUGUUGAUUGUCCUUACCACCCAGUUAGCUAUGCAUGGUAAACUUCGUGUGCAUGUCCUUGGAUGGAUAUGCACAUCUUUUGCAAUUUGUGUUUUUGCAGCACCUUUAACCAUUAUGGCAAAGGUUAUUCGAACCAAGAGUGUUGAGUUUAUGCCAAUCAACCUAUCAUUUUUCCUCACACUAAGUGCCAUAGUGUGGUUUUUUUAUGGUCUAUUGCUCCAUGAUAUAUGCAUUGCUAUUCCAAACGUGUUGGGUUUCAUAUUAGGGCUACUUCAAAUGUUACUAUAUGCUAUUUACAACAAAAGUGUGAAGGAGGAGUAUGCCCUAGAGCCAAUGACAAACAUUGUUAUUGUGAACCCAUUAGGAAUUCCGUGUGAAGUAUUCUCUCUCCCAGUUAUUGAUAACGUGAAUAAGAUUGAAAAAGAAGGUGCAGAAGAGAUGGAGAAAAGUGUGGAAAACCUAACAUGAAAUAUAUGCAUGAAUGGUGUUUGUUGCUUGGAAAUGAUAUGGCUUUCUUCUUAUGAUAUAUAAUCUCAUAUGUAAUA